AAUAUUCUUAUACACAGUUUGAAUCUUAAAACAAUCACCUGUUGAGGCUUUGACACCAUCAUGUGCGUCUCAAAAAAGGCAUCCUUGACCUUUGCCCUGAGGCACUUGACCAGAGGAUGACCAAAGGUAAGAUUUGGCACAAAGUGCCCAUCCAUCACAUCGAGGUGAAGGUAAUCCGCGCCAGAGUCCAGCAAUCGCCGGCAUUCUUCACUCAGCUGGGACAGAUCGGCAUUGAGGAUCGAAGGGCCAAUUUUGGCCGUGACUUUACCCGGCAUUUUCCUGGAGCUGAACACCAGACGACGGAAAAAUAACGAGUUCAGCUUGCCGAUUAGGAUAAUGAUGAACUUUGACCGAUGAUCUUUCGUCGAAGGUUGUUGCGAAACCGAUGAGUUUUGAGAUUUUAGAGCAGACUAGAGCGCAGCGCGGUCGCCGUCGUAGAAACUUAUCUUUGACUAAGUUUUCAUAGAAAAUUCUGAAAAAAAGUGACAAUGGAUUAUACUUAUUGGAAGAGUGUUUGAAGAAAAAGUGUAUAACAAGUAAAUGUACUUGAUGAUUCAAAAUAAUUUUUUUCGAGCCAAAACUGCUUUUUUAUCCAUUUAAUAUCAUAUUAAUUACAAGUUAAAAGUUAUUUGAUUCUUUCAUCGCAGUUGUUCUUCUGACGAGAUUACUGACCGUCUCGAUUCGCGUCUUCUGCUCUUCAUCAGCUGUUCUCUAGUGGUAGUGCGGGUGCGGCAGGUUUUGAGCCGUGCAUGUAACCAACAAUUUCGGAGCUGCGUGUGUUUCUUUUUGUGAAAAAUGUCAAAUUCGCAGAUCUACUUGAAGUCCGGAUUUCCGCGAGCUCCGCUUGGAAAUGGAAUCGGUCGAUAUAUCGGUCAGUUGCAGAGGGUCACGUUGAAAUUUUGCAAAAAUCACGGAGCCAGUCGAGGCGUGCGUGAUUUCAUAGAAAAUGACCUCCUCAAUUAUGCCAAAGAGAAUCCUGGAGUUGUUGUAUACUGUAAGCCUAGGAGACACAGAGGUCCUGUUAUAAAAGCUGAAUAUCUUAAUGGUGAAACACACUGGAUACCUUGUCAGAAAUUCAGUAGAGAAGAUGUUGUAAAAUACAUGGAGCUUGUGCGAACACAGUCAUAUAAUGGUUCAAGUUUGAGGCUUCGUAAGUUUUGGCAUACAGAAUUUCCAUCCAUUCAAGGACCUUGGACUCCUUUUACAAAUCGAGAUCCAAAGCUCAAUAUUACAGAAUUUCCAAAUAAAGAAAUUGGAGCUUGUACAAAAUAUGGUCCAUCUGCCACUGAAGAAAUCAUCAGGCUGUUCAAGGAGCAGCAAUUGCAAGAGAAACUUAAAGAAGAAGGAGAAAUCGAGGAACACUGAAAAAGUAGAAUCGUAGGCAUACAAAUUUGUUACAUUACGUUUUAAAAUAAUUCUUAAGACUCGUUUACAUAAAUGCUAAGGAAAUAAAAAAAGACAAAUCACUUAGAUUUAA